AUGCCCCCGCUUCACGAGCUCAAAGAACCCUGGAGCCUACACACACUUGAUUACACCAUCAAAAUCUACGACAUGGACAGGAGUCUGGUUCCAUGUCACGACUCCUUUCGCUACGAUAGAAGGGAGAAUGGCUUACUCUACAAGCUGCUGGAUGAAACAAAGGACGAAUUCCGACUGCUCUCCCUAGCACCCAAUGCAGACCCGGAUAGCGCUAUCACGUGUCGCCUUUUCACAGCCAACCUGGCCGAGGUACCAUCGUAUACGGCAUUGUCAUACGUUUGGGGUGAUCCCACUAUCACAAAGCCUAUUUUCGUCAAUGACAUUGAGGUUCAAGUUACUGUCAACCUUGAGGCGGCGUUGCGGCGCAUUCGUGAAGUCCAUGAGACAGUCAUCAUAUGGGUGGAUGCCUUAUGUAUCAAUCAAAGCGAUGUAUAUGAAAGAAACGCUCAGGUUACCAGAAUGAGAGAGCUCUACUCUAAGGCACGAUUAGUCUACGCAUGGCUCGGUGAAGAUACCGAUGGAACGGUCGAGGCUGUCUUCCAACACAUGUCUGAGGUCAGCAGUCACUUCGGGAGCCAAAUUGAGGAAAUGGAUAACUUCUUCGAAGAGGUCCUGGAAUAUGUAGAGAGCCACCUGGGUCAAAAAGCUAGAAAGAGUAUCUUCGAAAGCUAUCGCACUGGUGCCCUGAGUGUAUCUGAGGCUCUUUGGGAAGACAUUGAUCAUUUCGUGUGCCGACCUUACUGGCAGCGGAUAUGGAUUCAACAAGAGCUUCUACUUCCACCUAAAGUCUUGCUGCUUUGUGGAAAUACCGAGUUUACGGCAUAUUACAAUGCAGCCGAUUCAUACGUUCUAUGGUAUAAGGCGAAGAUCGCCUUUACAAGUAACCCUGGAAUCCUCCAGACGUACGGGUGGAUCAUCGACACUGUCAAAACGGUGACCCCAUUUGAUAAUUCGAAAGACAGCCUCACGGCUAACUCCAUAAUUGCCUGGACCUUCCUACAGAACAAUAUUGGAACAACAAACCCUGCGGGGAUAUCUUUCCUGCAGGCAUUUUGCCGUAACAUCUUUGACUUUAGAGAACAACGUGACUUUUUGGCUCCCACAUCACUCCUCAAGAUACGAAGCUUUUUGCAUUGGGUAUUGAAGAUGGGCGCAGAAAACCAUCACCCGCAGCACGAUAGCUCCGUAAUGAGCCAUCCACGGUAUGAUGAUUUUCUCAAACAGCAUGGGCUUGAGAAUCUCUUUGAGUCUUUAGAGCCUCUACCCGACAAGAUCUUACUAAGCCUCUUAUUUGCAAAGUACACUGGAGCUAUCGAUCACUUGAUCGAGCCGUACAGGGGAGCUAAGGACCACAACUCCUUCUUGAACAUGACAGCACAGCAACGCAUGGCAGCUUUUUGGGGGUGUCUCAAGCUAUCAGUCGAAUUCUUAGCGGAUGUAGAAUGGCGUGUUGAUAUUGCAUCAUAUCAUGAUAUUCCUUUCAAAAAACAGCUGUCAAAAUUGUUUGAGCAGUCCUUGAUUGUGACUCGACAAGGCUACAUUGGCCUUGCGACGCGAGAUGCGUCAGUAGGUGAUAGCAUAUGUUUAGUUAGGGGCUGCGAUCAUCCUACUGUGAUACGAUCGUUCGGCCAAUCGUACGAAGUAGUCGGACAUAGUUUCAUCGCUGGAUUGAUGGAUAACGAGCUGUUCGAGAACAAGAACUUGACCGAGAAAAACGAACAGAUGUUAGAAUUUGUCUGA